AUGCGUUUAGGGCCUGAGUACGAAAGAGGCAGCAAGAGCAAGCCAACAAGAUGGAACAUGGGCAUGCUGAAUCCAGAUACUGAAGAAGUACCUGGCUCGGUCUUGCUGCUGAGCAAGGUCUCGCAGUUCAAUGAGCCGCUUGGAAUGCGCAAUGCGCCCGCGAGAAACUCGACCUCAUCAUUUCCACAGUCUCCACGACCUCGAGCUCCCUCGCGUUCGAGCUCUUCUACGAGCAUACGCAGAUGGCGGCUUGGCCUUCGCCAACCAGAAAAGAAAACUACAGCGGACGGCAAGUUCGUUCUCGAACCGCAGCCUGACGAUAGCGCCAACGAUCCGCUGAACUGGAAAGUCUGGCGCAGAGACGCAGCGCUGCUGUCUCUUGGCUUCUAUUGCAUGGUCGGCGGAGGCAUGACGCCGAUUCUGGCUGCUGGAUUUCACGAUGUUGCGGAAGAGUACAACGUUUCUGUGCCACGGGUCGCCCUGACCACAGGACUAUACAUGAUGGGACUUGGACUGGGAAGUGUAGUGCUCAGUCCUACGGCCAUUCUAUACGGCAAGCGACCUGUCUAUCUGAUCGCCGCCGUCUGCUUCAUACUCUCCGGCGUCUGGUGUGCCUUGUCGCCUAACUUUGCCAGUCUCGUGUGCGCUCGCAUCUUUCAAGGCUUUGCUGUUAGCAGCGUUGAAUGCCUGCCUUCUGCUACAGUUGCCGAGAUCUACUUCUUACACGAAAAGGCAUACAGAUUAGGUAUAUACACGCUUCUCCUGCUGGGAGGCAAGAAUCUCGUCCCGCUGGUCAGCGCGGCGGUGAUACAAAGCCUGGGAUGGAGAUGGGUGUUCUGGGUGGUCGCCAUGGUCGUGGGCUUUGGACUUUGUCUGCUCUUCUUUUUCGUCCCAGAGACCUUUUGGGAUCGUUCGCCUAUACCCCAUAAGCAGCGUCAACGGCACAGCAACUUCAGCAUGUCUCAUGUCAUCAGGACCUUGUCGCGUCCAGGAAGCCCAGCUGCGGAGCGCAAAACGCACAAGGAGGCUGCAAGUAUACCAGCAGACAACCACGAUCAUCCAGAACCAAAGUCGGAGCGACAUGCACACUUUACUACUGAAGCUUCAGAAGACGAGAAAGAUGUGCAAUCUGCGGAUCAAACGCCUGCAGAGAAGCCAGACCGCGAGCAACUCAAGGUUGAAGCUGCGCCGCCAUCGCCACAAACACCGAAGGCGCGGUCGUUCGAUGAGCAUAAGAUAUCUGGCGAGGAUUACUUCAACAAUCGACCGGUAUCUCCAGGCCACUUGGAAGAGGCUCAUCCUCAGCUGUCGCGAGUGCCCACCGAUCUGAGCGAUCAUCACGACCCGCGGAACGCAUACACCAAGCAUUUCUCAUCCCAACCAGCAAAGUCGUAUAUCGAACAGCUCCGCCCGUGGUCCGGACGCAUGACUCGUGAUAGAUGGCUGAAGGUCGCAGUCCGCCCAUUCAUCCUCUACACUUAUCCUUCCUUGUUAUGGUCGGCUCUUGUGUACUCUUUGUCCAUUGGCUGGCUCAUCGUCCUUUCCGAAUCGGUGACCACAAUAUACAUCUCUCGCGACAGCUACAACUUCACGUCUUUACAGGCUGGACUGGUCUAUAUUUCGCCAUUCGUGGGCGGAGUCCUGGGCACUGCAGUCGCUGGAAAAGUGAGCGACGUCAUAGUGCGGUGGAUGGCUCGACGGAACGGAGGCAUCUACGAACCAGAGUUCAGACUUGUCAUGGCCAUACCAAUUGCCAUCUUCACCGUCAUUGGGCUCAUGGGCUUUGGUUGGAGCGCACAAGAACGCGACGCUUGGAUCGUUCCCACCCUUUUCUUCGGCUUCAUAUCCUUUGGAUGCUCUCUCGGAUCGACAACCAGCAUCACUUUUGCCGUGGACUCUUAUCGUCAGUACGCUGGCGAAGCGCUCGUCACCUUGAAUUUCAGCAAGAACAUCUUGCACGGUCUCGUUUGGAGUCUGUUCUUCAACCAUUGGCUUGAGUCCGAUGGAAGUCGAGAUGUCUUCAUUGCGAUCGGAGGAAUUCAGUUGGCUUGCCUGCUAACCACUAUACCUAUGUAUAUCUAUGGCAAGAGGGCGAGAAUGUGGACUGUCAGGAAGAAUUUCAUGGAGAAAUUUUAA